CAACUUUCUAUCCAGCUCCAACAUGAAGUUCCUCUUCGUUUUCGUCGCCCUCUUCGCCAUGGCCUUGGCCCGCCCCAACGACGUCGUGGUCCUGAAGAGUGAUUCCGAUGUCGGACCAGACACGUGGAGCUCCGACGUGGAGACUAGCGAUGGCACCAGCAUCAGCCAGAAGGGAGUCCUUAAGGACAUUGGCACUGAACACGAGGCCGCUGUCGUUCACGGAUCCUUCUCCUGGGUGGAUGAGAAGAGCGGCGAGAAGUUCACCAUCACCUACGUGGCCGACGAGAACGGAUACCAGCCCGUGGGCGCCCAUCUGCCCGUGGCCCCAGUUGCUUAAGAUUAUUCCGAACACGAUCAAAAUAUUAAUAAUAAAUCAAAAUGCUUUAAAUUAAA